AUGGGGAGCCUAGGCGAACUAUCUGCACGCAAUAUCAUUGUAUCCGGGAAGGAUAUAAUCGAACGGAACAACAUCCUUUCUAUCCCGGGUACUUUCUUGAAUUUACUCCCUGCAUUUGAUGCCCCAGUCCCCGAUGCUCUUCAAUUCGCUUUUCCACCUCUCAAUAACAAUUCAUCCCAAAAAAUCGAGCCUUCUGCAACCCGUUUCCAUGACCAUUUGCCCGCGGCAGUUGGCGUGGAUCUCAUUGGUCAUUCAAUCCCCGACACUUCGCUCUGCCGAUCUCUGCAAAGGGAAUGGCCAAGUGUAAAGCACAGUGGUGUCUACUCGAUAUUCCAUGUGACAAACGACGGGAAAGUUCAUUACUACCCGGUCUGGAUAUUGACCUGGUGGGAAUUACUGCUGUCGGCCCGGCAGAAACAAGAACAAUGGCGUAGUGCAUACAGUUGGCUAUCCCAAGCCAAAUCAACCUCAGAUCACCCGGCUGCUUUGAAAGUUUAUAUAAAGGCAUUGGAUUAUAUAUCGCAUAUAGGAUGGGACACCGCAAUUCCGUUUGAAACUCGAUGUUCGGCCGCUGACUUAACAUUCUUUCUCUCCAACGAUUGGUUAGCAACUCGACACAUUGAUUGGAUGCUUGAAUCAGUACAGCUCCGCUUUGAAUCAUGCAAGCAAGGCGAAAAUCGAUUGGAAUCACCCCAAAACUCAGUUAUUUUCUACUCGCCCGAAGUUCUCCGCAGCAUUAUUCGACGAUUUGAAACCAUUCCACCAAAUAUUUCGCCCGAAGCAAUUCCUCGAUUUCUUUCCCCGCUUCAAAAGCGUAUUCACGAUGGGGAGCGCCCACGCCUCUAUACGGUCUACAACUACUCCGAUGUGCACUGGAUUGCGCUGGAGGUUGACUUCAACCGGCAGGUCAUUCGCUACGGCGACUCAAUGGGUGGUUCGCGAAGUUCGGCCCGCGUUCGAAAUAUAAUAAAAGCCUGGCUGAAGGCGACGUGGGAUUAUGACAGCUUUGCGUGCGAACAGAUGCCGUGCGGCACUCAAUUGGACGAUGCAAGUUCCUGUGGGGUUUGUGCGGUCAAUACCAUCAAAAGACAGGUCUUUGAAGACCCAUUAUGGGAUGAAGACCUCGCCUCAGCAUAUCGGGCUUCAAAAUUUGUGGAAAUAGCACACCGAGUGUUACACUUAAAUAGGUCUAAUUCUGUUAUUGAACUCCCUGUGCCAUUAUCGCGCAUAUUGGCCGAUUCGUUAGCUGGGUCGAUUGAACCAGGUUCACCCAACCCUAACCCUCCAUCUCCCCAUCUAGCUCCUGCUUACCUUUCCUCCGAUGAUGAUUUCUUCAACAGGGUAUCUUCGGAUACAGAUGAGAAGAUCGAAUUGAACGCCUUAACCUUAGCCGAUGACCAGACUGACGGGGAGGCGACGGACGAUCCAGAGCCAGUGCAUCAAAACCAGGCUUUGAUAGGCCUGGGCUCAGAUUUAGACUCGGACCCGGAUUCGAACUCUAGCUCUGAGAGUUUGAAACGUCCAAAAAAACGACAAAAGUCUGGAAAGUCUACAGCACAUACCCGGACCGUCUUAGGAGCCGUUCGCAAAGGAAGCUUUCGAAUUGACGACCGUCGGUGGGCUUGGUUCGUGGCUACAAUUAAAGAGCUUGAUAACCACGCCGUUCUGGAUCGCGAUAAUCCAUUAACCGUACGACAUUCAACAUGCGGGAAUACAUUCAAAAUGCGACAGCCAUAUGAUACCAAAAAUUUUAAACUACAUGUUCAAGCCAAAACUUGCAUACUGCAGACGACAGGAGCAAAAAGCUCAAAAAAGUCCGAUGGCGCGGGAAUGCUCCCCCUCACCUCAUUUGCUGGUUUUAAACGAUGUUCUGAUCGCUCUAUUGGCUCAGGGCCACACACUUCUACGGCCGCACUGGCUUCUCAGCAAGAGAUCGAGCGGGUGUGCCCGGGUAUCUCAGAAGAAGAUAUGCCGGGUAUAUCUAAUUACUUGCUUCGAACUAUGUAUAUUGGGGGAGGAAGCCGCGCAUAUAAGCACUUUGCGGAUGCUCUUUAUUCAGCGCCGUAUGCCAAACUUAAAGCGGCGGAGCAACAAAAUGUUCAAAAUGAAGCUCACGGGAAUGUUGCCUGGCGUGUGGAUGAGUCCCAUGGCAAAUUGGGUCUAUGCAAAAACUGUGCGGCUCUGUUGGAUCUCAAAGGUUUCAAAGCUUCUGUACAAUAUGAAGCAAGGCCGAAUCAAAAGUUUACAAAUAGGCGAUGGAUCAGGGCAUCCUCAAGUAUGCAGUUUGCAAAGGUACACAGCGUGUAUGAAAUUAUUGUCAACAAAGAUGAGAGAACGCCGGCACAACGGUUCCUUUUGCAGGUCCUUAAAGGAGAAAUGAAAGAUCGUAAAAUAUUCUGUGGAAUGGUUGAGGUAAUGGCAAUGAUGGACAACAAGGCACUUCGUGGAGUCGGCCUCCAAAAUGCCAAAUACCCUCCCAACUUCAACCAGUUCUGUCAUGAGAUUGCUAACAUCUCACCACUUGCAUACCACACAUUCCGUAGUAUUUUUGGGGGCCGAACUACGUCAAACUUUCGAGUAAUUAGAGGUCCGGUGUGCCUAUCAUGCGACAACACCAAGCUCCUUCCUGCUCUUAAGACUUACUAUGACACCAGUGCAAAACAAUGGUACUUGCUUGGAGGAACUACAGGUGCAAUCGCAAUUGCAAGCACUGAGGAACUAACAUCAGUUAUCAAGGGUGGGAAGGUUUCUAAGGCUUCAAAGCUUUGGCUCUGGGUUUUACAGGUCCCAUUACCGCAUAUACCCCCUCUAGCAAUAGCCGCACUGCCAAUUGCAUCAAACGUUACUACCCAGUCGCUUACCGGCCACUCAAAGCUUAUCAUCCAAGGAUUGCUUGCCCAGGGGAUACACGUCAUUUCAUAUGCUACAGAUGGGAGCGCUAUUGAACAAAACAUACAAGAAGCACUCUUUAUGUCUAUGGAUGGGUAUUGCCACUAUACUGUUCCACACCCUUCGCAGCGGCUUCCUAAUAGCCUAACCACUCUAGAUCCUUUAGAUUUUAAACUUGGCCUCCUAGAUGGCAAGACUAAGAAUAACCCAUGUAUAAUCAUCCAGGAUAGCAAACACGCGCUCAAAACCCUACGUAACAACCUGUACUCAGGUGCUUGGCUUUUAGUGAUGGGUUCCAAAAUAUCAAUGUAUUCUCAAGUUUGCAAGAUUGCUGAAGACCCCGACUCAACCCUCCAUUGUUGCAACGUGGAGAAUAAUGAUUGA